UCCAGUUCCUGGAUCUUUUUAGAUGCUCAGCGGACCCUGGGAGUUACAAACCGGGCAAAAAAAGAAAAGAGGUAGAGAAAAGGGGUCCUGAUGAAACAUGGUGACAAACCAUGAGAGACAGAUCAUCUCUUGCUUUUCUGUCUCUCCCACCCUCCUCUCCUCUCCAGACAGGGUUGGGCCAAACAGCAGGUGGUGCAGGAGAGAAGCCCGGACAUGGGAUUUACAAAUCACUGGCUUUCUGCACCGGGCAAGCAUGGAGGAGCAUCAAAUCCCACAUUUUAAAAACUCAGGUGUCACAGCAAUAGCGUCUCUGGCCAAGGCUCAUUGAAUAAAGAUGCACAUGGACUUGAAGAGAUAAAGCAGCACUCAAAUCAGAUGACACAAAAGAGGAGAAAUAAGUCGACCCUAAUCUCAGGACCACAGUUUGGACAGGCUGGAUGAUGUGAGUCAUCAGGUUACAAAGGCCAAAGACAAUUUUAAAACAUGGAGGUGCUUCUGUUUUGUGUCUGGAAUCUAUUGGUAGAUGAACCUUGAUGUCAGCAUGGGGUCAAGCAAACCGUAACCGUUUUGUUCCAGUCACCUGACUUCUGUCAGCAUGCAAACACAGCAUAGAUGAUUUGCCCUUUGAAGAGACACAACUGGGAACUAACAAGGUCUAAUGAUGUAGCAGCUACAGGUGUCUUACAUGUAGCCCAUGAUUCCAGAGAGUCCAACCACAGUCAGUAUGGAAGUGCAGACAACCUCUCUGGUCUGGAUAUAUGUUAACAGUACAGAACAACUGAACACUUCAUAUGAGCAUAAUGCAACAUAUUUGACUGAACACUCAGACAAAUACCAAUCUUACGUUAUUGGUCUCUUCUUGUCCUGCCUGUACACCAUUCUUCUCUUCCCUAUUGGAUUUAUUGGUAACAUCUUAAUCCUAGUGGUGAACCUGAACCACAGAGAGAAGAUGACCAUUCCCGACCUUUACUUUGUUAACCUGGCUGUAGCUGACCUCAUCCUUGUGGCAGAUUCCCUCAUCGAGGUCUUUAAUCUGAAUGAGAAGUAUUAUGACUACGCUGUCCUCUGCACCUUCAUGUCCCUUUUCCUGCAGGUCAACAUGUACAGCAGCAUCUUCUUUCUCACAUGGAUGAGCUUUGACCGAUACGUUGCCUUAGCUAACUCCAUGAGCAGCAGCCCGCUGAGGACUAUGCAGCACGCCAAGCUGAGCUGUGGCCUCAUCUGGAUGGCCUCCAUCCUGGCCACCCUUCUCCCUUUCACCAUUGUGCAGACCCAGCACAGGGGUGAGGUGCACUUCUGCUUUGCCAACGUCUUUGAGAUUCAGUGGCUGGAGGUAACCAUUGGCUUUUUGGUGCCCUUCUCUGUCAUUGGUCUAUGCUACUCUCUGAUUGGGCGGAUCCUCAUGAGGGCCCAGAAGCACCGUGGAUUAUGGCCACGGCGGCAGAAAGCCCUGCGCAUGAUCGUGGUGGUGGUUCUGGUGUUCUUCAUCUGCUGGCUGCCAGAGAACGUUUUCAUCAGCAUCCAGCUGCUGCAGGGGACAGCUGACCCGUCGCAGAGGACUGCUACCACCCUGUGGCAUGACUACCCACUCACAGGCCACAUUGUUAAUCUGGCAGCUUUCUCCAAUAGCUGCCUCAACCCUAUUAUCUACAGCUUUCUUGGAGAAACCUUCAGGGACAAACUGCGUCUCUUCAUUAAGCAGAAGGCCAGCUGGUCAGUAGUGAACCGCUUCUGCCACCACGGCCUCGAUUUACACCUCCCUGUCAGGAGCGAAGUGUCGGAGGUGUGACUGUUAAGAAGAGGGACAAUUGUUAUGAAACUGAGUGCACAAAAUAUGUUAACAAUUCUUCAUCAUAUCAAAGUGAUAUAUCACCCAGUGUGAAAUAUUACCUCAGCUUUCUUCAUCUGUUUUUUUUAGCUUUGCCUCAUAGUUGUACCAGUGUCUCAGUUAACCUGCUCACUUUCUGAACAAAAGCACCAAGAAUGUACACUCAUAGAGGGAUGAAAAUUAUUUGAUGUAUGCAUCUCUUUGAGUUGAUAGCAAUGUGCCUACAGUAGGCUACUUAUCUGUUUAUCUGCACAUUGGAUUUGGACAUGUAUUUGGUGUGGACUUCAGGUGGUGGGCAACAGUAAAUUGCUAGUGAGUAGCAAAAUGUCAGCAUCUAACCUUGAAGUACAGCCAGUGGGCAAAGAUAACUAAUGGAUAGAGAAGUGUCAGAAGAGACCAGUUUUUGUAUAAGACAGACAGCAAUGAAAUCUUUUACAUGGUAUGAUCUAUAAUACAGAUCUUCAUUUCAGUUAAAAAUCCAUAUGUACUGUCAUUUGUAUAAUGUAAAAAGAAAAACAAGGCCUAGCUAGUUUUGUACAUGGU